AUGGCCUACUGUUCGGUGUACGGUUGUAAAAACAACAUUAAGUCAAACAAAGAUAAAAGGUUCUUUCUAAUGCCAAAGAAUCCUGAAGUUAGCAAAGCCUGGAUUGCCGCAAUUAACAGAACAAAGCUGCCAGCUAAAGUAUUUCUAUGCUCUGACCAUUUUGAAGAAACCUGCUUUGACCUAAGCUGGAAACUUCAGAAUGAAUUAUUUUAUAAAGAUCGUCCUUGCAAACGGCGGUUGAUUCCAAAUUCUGUGCCGACAAUUUUUUGUCAUAAGACUGCCCCUAAGGAACGUUCAUCCUCCACAUCGCGAGCCAAACGAAGUCAAUCUAAAGACUUGGUGAAGUCAGCCUUGGUUGAAGAUUCUGAGCAAUUAUGUUUAAUCGAUAAUGAAGUUGAAUUUGAAGUUGAAUCCAAAUUAUCAAUUGGAAUACAGGCCAUACCAAAAACACAAACGAGUGCAACCCCAUAUAAAGAUACGUCAGUACGAAGUACAUGUACACAAACGUCGUGUUCUGUAGCAGAUGCGCAAACGCUAACCCAAGUAGCUGUUAAUGUAUAUGUUUUCAGAUUCAAAUUGUACUGCUCAUUUAAUUCCGAUUUGGAUGACGUGAACCUACAAAGCGCAGCAGCAGCUCUGAACAGUACAUUUAAUAUCCUACACAAAGGUAAUAUAAGCAACACAUUGAAAAUGCUGGGAUUGUCGAAUUUAAUUGAACCACCAACUUCUGAAUUUUCACACGAGGGACACGAUUUGGACGAGGACGUAAUUUCCGAUGGCGACAAUGAGAGUGAGGAUGAUGAAUGGCUAGUCAAAUCUCUUGAGAGGGCUGAUAAAAGUGACCCUAAUUAUUCAAUUAGUCAAGAGAUGGAUGAAGGAGAAGACGAAGAACAAGAACAAGAACGUAUUGAACAUCGAAACAUGGAGCCAUGCAAGCAAAAAACUUACUUAGUGUACGAAACAUGUAUCAAAGAGCAACACGAUGUAGUUAAAAUGUGGAUGCUGUGUGAUGCAUUCCUGAUCUUAAAAUAA